CCGAAAAACAGCCAAAUCAAAUAAUUGUGCUAUGCGAAAGGGUUGAAAGUGUAAAACCGCAGCAAUCGUGUAGACGGCGAACCGUGUUGCUUGUGUUUCACGCGCAUCAAAGUGAACGUGCCGUCAAAGUGAACGAAACUCAGCAGCGAGCAGAACGUGCGCCAGUGUGCCAGUUGCUGUGUCACUUCGAGAUUCCAUUCGCCAUUGGUCACGAAAGGUGCGCGUUCCUCUUGCUACACCGCUCGGCAGAUCAGCGCAAAAGGGUGUGUAGCGUGUAGAGAAAGGGCUCGUUCUACCUUACGGCAGGCGAUUAGAAAGUUGCGAGUGCUGCCGAACCAGAACCCAUUGAGUUAUCGUGCAAUUAUCGCGCGUUAGCAGAAGUGCAUCUCGGACUGUGCGUGCGCGUGUGUGACUGUGUGCGAAGCGUCGUGGCGCUGGUGCAAACGCUCAUUGGGGAAGUUUUGUGACGCGAGAUCGAACCGCCGAACGUAGCGAGAAUGGCCCAAAAUAUUAACCCGGAACGCGCCCAGUCAUCCAACCCAUCGAAACAGAACGACGAGACGCUGAUAAACAACAACAAUCAUGCAGUUAGCAAAAGGCUUCAGAAGGAGCUGAUGGCCCUGAUGCUGUCCUCGGAAAAGUCGAUAUCCGCCUUCCCGGAGGGUGAAAACUUUUUCAAGUGGAUCGGCACAAUCAGCGGCCCGGACGACACCGUGUACAAAGGGCAGAAGUACAAGCUGCUGCUAGAGUUUCCCAACUCCUACCCGUACUCGGCGCCGAACGUGAAGUUCCUCACGCCCUGCUUCCACCCGAACGUCGACCUCAGCGGCUCGAUCUGCCUUGACAUCCUGAAGGACAAGUGGUCCGCCCUGUACGACGUACGGACGAUCCUGCUCUCGAUUCAGUCGCUCCUCGGCGAACCGAACAACGAUAGCCCGCUCAACUCGCAGGCGUCGCAGCUGUGGCCGAACCAGGCCGAGUACAAAAAGUAUCUGGACGAUUUUUACGAGAAGAACAAGGAUUCUUAAGCCCACCACCACCUCACCGUCCCUAGUUCCUCGCCCCCCACCAUCACAGCAUCCUCUCAGCUCACUCGUAGUAGAUCAAUUUAAGGAUAGCAGAAUAGUCAGUCAAUCAGCCCCCGCCCGACUACAGCAACAAACAAACCCGCCUUCGUUUUACUGUCCGCACCCGGACCCGCAUGGCCCCAGUAUUCGUUCGCGCUAUCCUCUUUCCGGCGCUUCCGCGAAAAAGCUGUGCACAGUUGUACAAAACAAAACACAAGAUCGUGUCACUCGCAACCGGAAGAAGAUGGGCCCAAUUUGACCGUGUGGCGAGGUGUGUCGAGUGUGGACAGAAUGCGAAGGAGGGGAAAGCAAGAUUUUGUAUGUGAUUUGUUCCCGUUUCUUUGAUUUUAAUGGCGCGAGUGGAAGCAACCUCUGUCCCCAAAACAGGCGGGGCGGCGAUUGACGCAUAAUGAUCUGAUCACAGAACGAGCGGACGUGAUCUUGAAACGACUCUCGAAUAAUUGUGCCCGUCAAUGGAUUGAGCCUAAAAAUUCUACAUAUUUUACACUUGAGCUAAAUUUUUAAUCUCCUUGUUCUUUCCGAAGAUUGUAUUAUGAUGCGGCGUACGUGCACGUGUUUGAAACUAUUUGGUGUAAUCUUUUGCCGUUUCUUCGGGUUUAGUUUAACAUCAGUGGACCACACCUGUGUUUCUGGUUUUUGUUUUGUUUUGUUUAGGGCUAGGAAAAGGCUACGUACCGACACCGUUGGGGGCCGUUUACGGCAAGUUGUACGGGCGGUAGGUGUCGGGACGUACGUAAAGAGACGGACUUUUUUGUUUCCCCUUGCAACAGAGCUAUCAACCCUGACCGAUUUCGUAUGAUUCCAAGCUAAAAGAUAGAAUAUAGUACGUUAACAUGGGUGUGCCGAACACGAAACACAACAUUUCAUUCUAGCGUGUCUACUACACUAUGGCAAUCUCGGUUGGAAGGUAGGGUAUUUUAGGCCGGACCGGCCUUACAUCGGCGACGAACGGAAAACGCGCCAGGGCAAGCUAGUAAUGCGCACGCAGCGAGACUCUAUUUAUUUAUCGUAACUCUGUGUACUGUGUAUUAGUGACGCUAUAAUGUGUUCGUUGAUUGCAACCCCCGAACCCCUAGCAGCAAAUGAUUGUCUUUUGGGCACCUUUCGCAUUAAUAAUGCCGGUGCCAGGGACUAAAACAAGCUGAAGCAAAUCAAUUACAAUGUAAUGUGGCACGACAGAAUAAAAUCAGUUG